CUUGUUCUCCUUUUCAAAUCAAAUGUCACAUUGACUCCAAUCCGGUGUUGGAAGCGUGUGGGGAACGGCAGCACAUCAGCCCGGCGCAAUGUAUCCAUCAGACUGGAAGGAAGCCCAAAACCAAAACUCCACUGGCCAAAAUGCAUCCUCUGCAGAAACCCCAAGUACCUCCUAAGCCUGUCCAUCUCAAACCUGGGCAGGAAAGAAUUCCUCCUGCACCUUCUCGACCUUUGCCAGCUGAUCCAAAGUCAUCGAGGAGCUUAGCGCCUGGAGAGGAAGAAAUACCAAUAUCAGCAGGAGUCAACACGCUCAUUGAGAAAUUUGAAAGCAUUAGGCAACCUAUACAUAUUCUUCAAAGAAACCAGCUAAAUUUGGCUCUUAAGAUGGAACCUGGCCUGGACUCAUCCAAACAGCCAAGCUCGUGUGACUGUGACAUGGUGGCUUCCAGCAGCUCUUCCACAAAUGAAAAAAGUGAACUGGAGGAAAAUGAGCCAGACGUACCGUGCAGCGCGGAUCUGUCCAACACAGACAUAAUGAAAAUUAAAGAGCUAAGCAUAGCCGAUAACAAAAGCCACGAAGGCUGUACUGCUGUGACUGUGAGCAACGAGCCCUCUGGAGAGCUUGGCAAUAAAGACUCAACUGCAGAACUGAACGGUAAUGGGAAAAUUCCCAACAGAGACAGUGGCAUCGACAGUCCUUCUUGUAGCGUGGCUGGGGAAACUUUCCCUAGCGAAGACGGUGCAGAGCAGAAGAAGCCCAGCAUGGCUGGGAACCUGGGGGAGAUGGAACAUGACAAAAAGGGCACCAAACGUUCCUGUGCGGAGCAGAAGAGAGACUCCACACAGGAUGAAGACAGUGACAUUGAUGAAGGAAGCAGUGAGGAACAAGAGACAUCGGAAGGUUUGCAGCUGCACGACGGACCACAAAAGCUAUUCAACAUCGCAAAUGAACUGCUCCAUACAGAAGAAGCUUAUGUUAAAAGACUCCAUCUGUUGGACCAGGUUUUUUGCACUAAGUUGUCAGAAGCAGGUAUUUCAUCUGAAGUGAUAACAGGCAUCUUUUCAAAUAUUUCUUCCAUCUAUUGUUUCCAUGGACAAUUUCUUCUUCCUGAGCUCAAAACAAGAAUUACACAAGAAUGGAAUGUCAACCCACGGCUAGGAGACAUCCUACAGAAACUGGCUCCUUUUCUGAAGAUGUACGGAGAAUACGUAAAGAACUUUGACAGGGCAAUGGACAUGGUGAACACAUGUAUGCAGAGGUCCUCUCCAUUCAAAGAUGUUGUUCAGAACAUACAGAAACAGGAGGUGUGUGGAAACCUAACAUUACAGCAUCACAUGCUUGAACCAGUGCAAAGGAUUCCUCGUUAUGAGCUUCUCCUAAAGGACUAUUUGAAGAAACUUCCAGAAGAGUCUCCAGACAGGAAAGAUGCUGAAAAAUCCCUGGAGCUCAUAUCUACAGCAGCGAACCAUUCGAAUGCAGCCAUCAGAAAGAUGGAAAAGAUGCACAAGCUUUUGGAAGUUUAUGAGCGACUUGGUGGUGAAGAGGAUAUUGUUAACCCAGCCAACGAGCUGAUUAAAGAAGGACACAUUCAGAAACUUUCAGCAAAGAAUGGCACAGCGCAGGAUAGGUAUUUAUUCCUGUUUAACAGCAUGGUGCUAUACUGUGUGCCAAAACUGAGGCUGAUAGGCCAGAAGUUCAGUGUUCGAGAGAAGAUGGACAUUGCAGGACUGCAGGUCCAAGAAAUUGCCAAGCAAAACGUGGCUCAUACAUUUUCAAUAACAGGAAAAAAGAGAUCGCUGGAAUUACAAGCCAGGUCAGAAGAGGAGAAGAGGGAAUGGAUUCAGGUCAUUCAAGCGACAAUUGAAAAGCACAAACAGAACAGUGAGACAUUCAGAGCUUUCAACAGCUCUUUUUCUCAAGAGGAGGAGCAUCCUCCUGAUUCCUCAAUAGCAAGCACCAGCUCGGUGGAAUCGAUGCCAGGAGCAGAUGGUGGCGGUGCAUUUGGAGGG